AUGUCCAAUUUAUCCCAAGACUAUGUGGAACAAAUUGAGAGUGCCUUGUUCGAUUCGCACCGAAGAUGCUUCAAAGCGACUGCAAGAGUGGACAUCUCCCGUCUGGUAUUUGAUCAGAGUUUCAAAAAGCAGAUGGAUAAUCAAGCAAACAUCGAUCGCUUCCGCCGAAUUAUGAGAAUUCAAGGAUGCCAGCGCCUCAUGCAAGACUGCCAUGUGCCUGUGCUAAUCCCGGUUGCGGAUUGGGACUCCCGGGUUCGCCUACGGCGUUGCGAAGGGGGGUUCGACUGGCUAGACGUGGACAUCGACUACCACCUUCACGCGCAGGAUCAUGAAACUAUGAUAACUGCCGCACGAACAAGGCUGGGCCCAACGGAUCAGUGGUGGAUUGUAGAUGUCUACGUGGUUGAGGAAGCAGCGCAAAGCGACGAUGCAACCGCAUCAGUACAGGAGAUGUUCAUUCGGUCACUCCGGGAACGAUACUCCAAUAAUCGCCGGCCUCCGGACGGUUUGGUUUACGAGCGCAUCCGUCGCUACGAAGGGUAUCUAGAAGACCGAGUCAAUCGUUUCGCUGCGAAUAAUUGGUGGGUCGUACUUGAGACCAUGUGCGGAAGCAAAAAGGCAAAAUACCUCCGUGCGUUCUUCAAGCAUCCAACUCUACCCCAGAAACUGGAUCAGCUUCUACCUAUCGAGGGUCUGUGGGAAGGCAUGCGAAUCGGGCUGCUUCACAAAGUGCUUGCCAUGCGCUGUGAUCAAGCAAUUAUAUGCUACUGGGAUCGUAUCUAUCAAACGUUCCUUGAUAUGGUGGGAGGAAAUCGCCAGCAUCUGCGUCUCAUUGACGGGUUGACAGUGCACCUCAUCCAAUCACGAGCUCCGAAGGUCUCUGCAAAAGACUUUGGGUUCUUGAAGCGUGAGCUUGAGGAAGGUAACUUGUCUCGUACCAUCCCGGCGACUGACCGUCAAGCGGUGUGGGAACGGCUGGUGGAAAUCGACUUCCCGAUUCCGACUUUGGAAACUUUCUUCAAAGACAGGCUUUACCUCGAAGUAGCGCGCAGUGUGAUGCAACAAUUGGUCGUGUCUGACCCCAAUCGUAGGGCCACUAUCGACGAAAGUCUUUAUGAGCAAUUUGAUACACACGUUCCGCUCACCACAUCGCAUCGGGACGAAUCACUCAAGGCCGAUCUUUGGGAAUUUUGGCGGUUCAGUCUUCAGUAUGGAUUCGAGAUGACGGAGCACCAGCGUCGCGUAUCGUCUUUUCGCGGGAGGCACGACAGCCCAACGAAUACAAGUCAGCCUCUCACCGAAGAUCGCGCUGUAUUGUGGCAGUAUUUUCUCCGUUUUGUUCAGCAGAGGGGGUUCCGGGUUCCUGAUCAUCUAAUCGCAUCAGCUAACCUGUCACUGAGUCUACCACCUCUCCGGCAGCCGCAGCCUGUGUCUCUCGAAACGGAACCAGAGGUCCCCGCAAAGAGAAGAAAUGGGAAGCCGUACAUGGAUUCAAUCGUUGGAGAUCAUUACGCGUUGUCCACGGAGGCGCUGGAACAAACGUGGACAUUUCCACGGGUCACAGCAGGCUUUCUUCGCCAGUCGGUUUUCUUCAUGUUCUUUCGCUACCUUGCCGGACCAAGGAACGGUCUCAACGUGCAGAUGCUGCCCGAGAACUUCCAGGACUUUGCGACAUCACGAGGUGCAGUAGACGGACCGGCCGCGCAGAGUCUGUCUUCCACUGUCAUGGCGGAGUCGACCACGGCACAGCUACCAAACACUUCCCACGGCCUCACUACCCCCCAGCCGCUUCCAAUGUUGCCCUCCAGCAGCCAGGCCAGCUUGGUGCCUACAGGCUAUGCAGUAGACGUGACUGUAGAUGACGAAACUCAUCACCUGUGUCUCCCUCAUGAUUUGAACACCCGGUUCAAAUUUUUCCAAGGUUUGGGGGAACACUAUUUCCAUAUUUCAAACCCUGCGGAUCACGAAAGGGGCAUGACUGCUGACGAUUGUUGUGGCUACUACCGGGAGAAUCCGCGCAGCCGAUUACAUGCGAUCCUAAUGAGCAGACCAUACCAUCCAUUCCCUGACGAUCCAAUGCAAGUCGCAGACGUUGUACCAACCGCAAUGGAGACUCCUGAGCUUCAAGAUGCCAGGCAUUGGCUACAAAGUGCCAUCGCAACGCUGGACCAAUUGAACGGUGCCAAUCAAUCCCUAUUCGAGGGCUCAUCAGAUAUCUGA